AUGGGUUCCGAUCAUUUAUCUGUAGAAGUUAAUAGUGAUAAUAUACAUGGAGAUCUCAAUCUAUACAGUCCAAUGAGUGAUGCAUUUUGGGAAUCUUUAUUUAAUUUCAAUUCACUUUUGACUGACAAUAAUAUUGCUGGUAUUUGUGAAUCAGCAGAUCUAGCCGAGUCAAUUAAUCAACCGGUUGAAGCCAAUGAAUUUGAUAAGUAUCUUGGACCAACAAUUGUAUCAAAUUUAAGUUUUGAUAAUUAUGAAAAUUUGCUCGUUACCGAUGAUUUACAAGAUUUUAUUUUUGAACAAAAGAAAAGUGUGAAGAAAAAUAAAAAAUCAAUUCCCCUUUCAUUAUCGGUCGAUGUAGGCGUACCAAAAUUAUUAUUAAAUCUAUGUCCAAAAAUUGAAUUGGUUCAUGAAUUAGAAGAAACAUUUAGACCACGAUAUAAAAGCGAUUAUUUUGCUCAAAAUGGCACAACAAGAAAACCAAGAUAUGUGACUGAUCGUCGCGGCAAUCAUUAUGUUUCACUCAGAGUGCCGCCUGAUACUCGUGGUAGGAUUCGAGUUGAUUGGCUCACAAUUCCUACUGAAAAUGGUGACCGAUAUAUUAUGCCAUACAAAUUUCAAGGCGAUAAUGAUUCAGUUGAAGUACUUGAUCGUAAUCCCAUUUUUCAGGACAUCCAAGCUGAUUCUUCAGGAAUUAUGAAACUUUAUUUAGUAUUGAUCAAAGCAAAACAAGAUGCAUUAAAAUCACUUCAGCCACUUCAACCAUUUCAUCCGAUUCAAGAUGCUUUUGGAAAAAUCGAUAAACCAAUUUCAGAAAAAGAUUUGCCAUUAACACCAAAACAGUUAAUACAGAAAUACCAACUAGGUAAAUCGCAACUGGCAUUUACAUUAUGUACAAUAAGUGCAGAUGGUAAAUCAUAUGUAACUGAAUGGGACACGACAGUUUAUUCGACAAUUCUGAAAGAAGAGACUGUCGAUGGUUCAGCAGAAAAAACGGUUGCAUGUCCGAAAUGUUCAUGUCUAAUAAAUAUCAAUGAUAGUGUUCCGGAUCAAGAAACAACAACGAAUAAACGAAAAAAUUUACAAAUGAAAACAGGAAACGCAAAGACAACAAAGAAGCAAAAAUGUUUGAGUGACAUGAUUUAUUGCAUUGAUUAA